CUCAUUAGCGAUGCGGGCGCGCUGCUCCGCUCCCUAGUCCGGAGCCCGGCAACCGCGGGAACACCGAGAACCGCACGGCGGGGACGGCGGGCGACUCGGGCAGCGGCCGUGCGGCAGCGGUCGCCGCGCCGUGGGAGGCUAUGGGGGCGCGCGCUUCCUCUGGGUGCCCAGCUGGCGGCCUGGAGCGCCCUGACCCUUUGCUGUAGGGAGCGGCCACGGAGCACAGUCACUCGCUAGAGCCCCCGAGACCCCUCGUCUCGGCCCGCGGCUCGCCGUGCCGCUCCUGGACUCCCGGCGCGCGGAAAAGGAACCGUACUCCCUAGCGGGACGAGGAUGGGGAGAGCGGCCACCGCAGGAGGAGGCGCUGGAGGGGCGCGCCGCUGGCUCCCUUGGCUGGGUCUCUGCUUCUGGGCUGCGGGGGCUGCGGCUGCCCGAGGAACUGACAAUGGCGAAGCCCUCCCUGAAUCCAUCCCAUCAGCUCCUGGAACAUUGCCUCAUUUCAUAGAGGAGCCAGAUGAUGCUUAUAUCAUCAAGAGCAACCCCAUUGCACUGAGGUGCAAAGCAAGGCCAGCCAUGCAGAUAUUCUUCAAAUGCAAUGGCGAGUGGGUCCAUCAAAAUGAGCAUGUCUCUGAGGAGAGUCUGGAUGAGAGUUCAGGCUUGAAGGUCCGGGAGGUGUUUAUCAACGUCACCAGGCAGCAGGUGGAGGACUUCCAUGGCCCAGAGGACUAUUGGUGCCAGUGUGUGGCAUGGAGUCAUCUGGGGACCUCCAAGAGCCGGAAGGCUUCUGUGCGCAUAGCCUAUUUACGGAAAAACUUUGAACAAGAUCCGCAGGGAAGGGAGGUUCCCAUUGAAGGCAUGAUCGUGCUGCAUUGCCGCCCCCCGGAGGGAGUCCCUGCUGCCGAGGUGGAAUGGCUAAAAAAUGAGGAGCCCAUUGACUCUGAACAAGAUGAGAACAUUGACACCAGAGCUGACCACAACCUCAUUAUCAGGCAGGCUCGGCUCUCGGACUCAGGGAAUUACACCUGCAUGGCAGCCAACAUCGUGGCCAAGAGGAGGAGCCUGUCAGCCACAGUGGUGGUUUAUGUGAAUGGAGGCUGGUCUUCCUGGACAGAGUGGUCAGCCUGCAAUGUUCGCUGUGGUAGAGGAUGGCAGAAACGUUCCCGGACCUGCACCAACCCAGCUCCUCUCAAUGGUGGGGCCUUUUGUGAGGGCAUGUCAGUGCAGAAAAUAACCUGCACUUCUCUUUGUCCUGUGGAUGGGAGCUGGGAAGUGUGGAGCGAGUGGUCAGUCUGCAGUCCAGAGUGUGAGCAUUUGCGGAUCCGGGAGUGCACGGCACCACCCCCAAGAAAUGGGGGCAAAUUCUGUGAAGGUCUAAGCCAGGAAUCCAAAAACUGCACGGAUGGUCUCUGCAUUCUAGAUAAAAAACCUCUUCAUGAAAUAAAACCCCAAAGAUGGAGUAGGAGAGGCAUUGAGAAUGCCAGUGACAUUGCUUUGUACUCGGGCUUGGGUGCUGCAGUCGUGGCUGUUGCAGUCCUGGUCAUUGGCGUCACCCUUUAUAGACGGAGCCAGAGUGACUAUGGCGUGGACGUCAUUGACUCUUCUGCAUUGACAGGUGGCUUCCAGACCUUCAACUUCAAAACAGUCCGUCAAGGUAACUCCCUGCUCCUGAAUUCCUCCAUGCAGCCAGACUUAACAGUGAGCCGAACAUAUAGUGGGCCCAUCUGUCUGCAGGACCCUCUAGACAAGGAACUCAUGACAGAGUCCUCACUCUUUAACCCCCUGUCGGACAUCAAAGUCAAAGUUCAGAGCUCCUUCAUGGUUUCCCUAGGAGUGUCUGAGAGAGCUGAGUACCAUGGCAAGAAUCAUUCUGGGACUUUUCCCCAUGGAAACAAUCGCAGCUUUAGUACAAUGCAUCCCAGAAAUAAAACGCCCUACAUCCAAAAUCUGUCAUCGCUGCCCACAAGAACAGAACUGAGGACCACUGGUGUCUUUGGCCAUUUGGGAGGACGCUUAGUAAUGCCAAAUACAGGGGUGAGUUUACUCAUACCACAUGGUGCCAUCCCAGAGGAGAAUUCUUGGGAGAUUUAUAUGUCCAUCAACCAAGGUGAACCCAGCCUCCAGUCGGAUGGAUCCGAGGUGCUCCUGAGUCCUGAAGUCACCUGUGGUCCCCCAGACAUAAUUGUCACCACUCCCUUUGCACUGACCAUACCACACUGUGCAGACGUCAGUUCUGAGCACUGGAAUAUCCAUUUAAAGAAGAGGACGCAGCAGGGCAAGUGGGAGGAAGUGAUGUCAGUGGAGGAUGAAUCCACAUCCUGUUACUGCCUUUUGGACCCCUUUGCAUGCCACGUGCUCCUAGAUAGCUUUGGGACAUAUGCCCUCACUGGAGAACCAAUCACAGACUGUGCCGUAAAGCAACUCAAGGUGGCGGUUUUUGGAUGCAUGUCCUGUAACUCUCUGGAUUAUAACUUGAGAGUCUACUGUGUGGAUAAUACCCCUUGUGCAUUUCAGGAAGUGGUUUCAGAUGAAAGGCAUCAAGGCGGACAGCUCCUGGAAGAGCCAAAGUUGCUGCAUUUCAAAGGGAAUACCUUUAGUCUUCAGAUCUCUGUCCUUGACAUCCCCCCAUUCCUCUGGAGAAUUAAACCAUUCACUGCAUGCCAGGAAGUCCCAUUCUCCCGCGUGUGGUGCAGUAACCGGCAGCCCCUGCACUGUGCCUUCUCCCUGGAGCGCUACACGCCCACCACCACCCAGCUGUCCUGCAAAAUCUGCAUCCGGCAGCUCAAAGGCCAUGAACAGAUCCUCCAAGUGCAGACAUCAAUCCUAGAGAGUGAAAGAGAAACUAUCACUUUCUUUGCACAAGAGGACAGCACUUUCCCUGCACAGACUGGCCCGAAAGCCUUCAAAAUUCCCUACUCCAUCAGACAGCGAAUUUGUGCUACAUUUGAUACCCCCAACGCCAAAGGCAAGGACUGGCAGAUGUUAGCACAGAAAAACAGCAUCAACAGGAAUUUAUCUUAUUUUGCUACACAAAGUAGCCCUUCUGCUGUCAUUUUGAACCUGUGGGAAGCUCGUCAUCAGCACGAUGGUGACCUUGACUCCCUGGCCUGUGCCCUUGAAGAGAUUGGGAGGACACACACGAAACUCUCAAACAUUACAGAAUCCCAGCUCGAUGAAGCCGACUUCAACUACAGCAGGCAAAAUGGACUCUAGUCCACUUCUUCUCAUGAGACAGAGCGACGGCCAGCUUUGGGACAUUUGCUUUAAAUGGGAAAGAAAGAGGCAGUUUUUUGCCUAGUGGCAUUUGGAGAGUUCAGCCUUCAUUUACAAUCAGUAAGAAUCCCUGGUUGAAAAAUUGAAUUUUAUAUAGGUAAAAGAUGUUAAUAGGGAAAAGUACAAGCUCUCUUAAAUAUAAGAGGGCUCUACUGUCUCCUCUGAAUCUAAACUUGGGUUAACAUGUGAUGAAAUUCUCAGAUUUGGAGUGGCAAGGAUAAAAGUGAGGGCAUAUCUAGAGAGAAGUCACUGUGGGAAAAGAUGAGCUACAAUAAAGCUGGGAAGGCAGAGACUGAAUAAGUGCAUGUUUUGAAACAGGUUUUUAAUGAUGUGCCCCAAAGGGCCAGAUGAUUCUGGUACCAGAUUGUCAGAGUUUUUUUUACCAACUGGCAUCUAUGAUGUCGGCAAUCAUUGCAAAACUGGCUUUUAGAAGUAAAGCAGGGUUCCAAACCCAUUUAUAUGACUUCAACAAUGUCAAGGAGGGCAUUUAGAAUUUAAAAUCUGAGUACAUCCCACCAGCACCAAUUCUCUAUUCCAGCCACUUAAUGGAAACAAGAUUGAGAGGUAAGAUAGACCACAAACUACUUCUUGCAGUAUACCCCACCUUCAUUUUCUCCAAGGACAAAUCUACCCACAUUCUUUCUUCUCCUUCCUUACCAAUUACAGUAGAGGAGAGGUUUCAAGGAGCAUAAUUAGACUUUUCCAUAUGGAAAUUUAUUUCUUCUAGCUCAACAAAGUAGGACCAUCUCUAUUCCCAGCUAAGCCACUCAAAAUGCAGAGUGCUAUUAGAACACAGCUUAUUACAUGGAUUUGGAGACAAGAGUGGUCAAAUCAGGUCCAAGGAAACAAAUGAACUGCAGAUGCUUGCAGGCGUCAAAUAAACUGUAAUUCUUAGGAUGCAGCUGUUGAUCCGGUUCCCCAACAUUGUUGUCAUAUGGGAAUGUGGGGUUUUACUGUACUUUUCAAUUGAGAUUCUUGAAAUUUUCUAGCCUUUUGGUACUAUGUUAUUACAGAUUCUCUCCAUAGGGCUGUAGGUCUUCCUCCUUUUGCCUCUUGGGAAAUUAGCAGAUAGUCUUUGCUCUAAAUGAUAUCCGAGUCAAUAGACCUGAGGAAUAUUCUACCACAAUGUUCUAGAAACCACACACAUUGUUUAGGGAGCCUUCAAGCUCUGAUCGCUCAACUUCACCAAGUAUGCUUUCCCUACAGGACCAUUACCAUAUUUCUCUAUGUUUUAAAUAAGAGGCAAUGAUACUGUGGAAAAAUGAAAUCCACAGAUAAUUCAUGACCGCCAUCUUUAACACUUUAUUCCCUGUUUUAUCCUAUUAAAUCGUUUCUGACAAGAUGUCACAGUGGACUAAAGAUGAACAAAUCUGCUCUUGCUCAUCUUCUGGUCGAUGUUUUAAUUAGCUGUCCACCAUCUGGACAGUUGAAGUCAAGGACCUAGAUUAACCACAAGCCUGAUCUGCUGCUUAGGGGUUGGCUGUAUUAGAAUAAAAUAAAAAUAGUCAUGGAGUGGGAGAGGUGGGGAACACUUGGAAGUGGGGAUAUGAUCGACUUUUUUAAACGAUGUUUUUGUAGAUCCCAUGAAAAUAAUGUUGUGAAUAUCCACCUAAGUGAAAAAGACCUAAAGAUGAGUUGAAUUAUGAUACCCUUGGUAAGAAGAACUCUUGAAUGUGUUGGCCAUAUUCUCUAACUAACGUGUGGUAUAUAUGGUCCCCUGUAUUUGAUAAAAGGCUUUGCUACAUGAGAUUGAAAAGGGUCUUGCUUUUCUCAGGAACCAAAUGCAUAUUGUCUAGAACAAACAAAUCCUCUUAGAACUGUCAAGCAUAUUUCCACAAUACCAUAUCUAGAUCAGGAAGACACCCUUUUGCUAGUGUGAUCAAUUUGUUUAUUUCUUGUAGGGAGCAAGAGAGAGAAAGCAUGAAAGUGUAGAUCAUUUGACGUCCUGAUCCAAUUUAUGAAAGAGAAAGAAGUGCAAGUAGGUAGUCAGUCACCCAAAAUAAGCUAGAGAGUUGAUUCGCAUGGGUGGUACGCAGAAAGAAUCUGCAUUAACUGUUGAAUACUAACUUGUAAAAAAUACAGUAUGGAGCUUAUGUUCAUAUCCAUCUUGGAGGGUUUUUGUUUUAAACCAUGCUACCCUUUUUUGCUCUUCCCUUCUCAUUGGCCUGAUAAUUGUUUCAUAUUUCUAUGAAUCCACACAGAUCCUUUUUAGAUUUUUGAUACAUUUUUUUACAUUUUAAAACAGAUGAAAAAAUUUUCAUGUUUUCCCUAGGAUCUAUCUAGAUUAUUGUAAGAUGAUAAGAGAUUAUUAUUUAUCCCUGACCGUCUGGAAUUUCCUCCCGUGGAUUUUCGUGGGAUUUUUCGCCUGGGUUUUAUAAAUGCUCUUGAUCUUCAUAUGGUAUUGAGUGACAAAGGCAGCAAAUUAACAUGAUUCAUUGCUGAUUUCAGCCCAAGGUUCAAAUCCAUCUUUUAGUUCAUUUUGCUCCUUUUUACAUUUCUCUCUUACUUAUUUCUGCUAGGACCUUACAUAGGAUUUCUACAGAAAUGUAUGAAAUCCUAUGGCCAUUGCAUGUCAGGAUUGUGCAGUAUUUUACAUUAGAAUUCCAGAGAGAACCCAUCUUUGUGAGAUUUACAGACCGAAAUGAGUGUGUGUGUAUACGUGUGCGUGUGGCAGGGGGGUAUGAAAUUGCAGAUCAGAUGGACUUAACUGACACUUGAACUUGUAGUUACUCACUGUGACCUAAACUCUUGUUCUAUUUCAAUAUUUGCCUGUCACAACACAAACUCCCCUCUUGAAAGAGAUUUACUUGUCAGUUCAAGCACUUACUUUAGAAGUCUCUUUGUCCUAAUGCAAAGUGAACCAAGACAUUUAAAGUGGCCUUUAACACUUCAUAGGUUACUUAAAAGUUUUACGAAAUAUCCCACUUAAUGUCAAAUCUUUCAGUCCUCAAAAACGCUUAAGUCUAUAGUCAUGCUUUAAACAUGACAUAAAAUUAUACCACCAAAAUGGUGUGCUUCACAGCUUCACCAGACGGCAACAUCAUAAAGUUAAUUUACAGUUUUGACAACAUUGCUUAUGCCAUCCUCCUGGUUAACAUUAAAAUCCUUUAAGCCAAAAGGAAGCUCUGUCUAUGGAUAUAAAUGCAAACUUCAUUUACCGGUGCAGAUUCAUAAAGCUCAGAUGUACUCCCACAAACGUUUUAUUGGCCUUUUUUGUAAGAGAUGAAUAGGAAGUGACACAGUUCUCUUUAAAGAGGGGAAAUUUUCUCUCUUUUCUAUUAUUUUUAUCUCCAACUGCAGGUGUUAUCCUUUGCCACGGUCCCCAUGUUUUUCUGUCAGUUGGCCUUGAGAGGAGAUAUUGUCAAAUCACCAAAACAGGGUUCUCUUUGUAUUAAAAGUUCUGGAUUCAUUGCAACUAUUUUCCUUGAUGAAAAUUCUCAACAUCAGUCUUGAUAAGCAAGGGUAGAAUGUUACCAUGGUAUGAUCAGUUUUAGAUAGUAUUCUCCAUUUGCCAAACUUCUGGCAAACCUACCUGUGAAUUUCAAAAUGUUAUAAAAUCUCAAAAUGUGCUUUUGUUUUGCCUUUUUGCCAUUUUUCUCUUCAGUUUCUUAGUCCCUCUGUAAAGGGGUUGACUAUUAGAGCUAACAGACCUGUCGAAGGUGGAGUUCUCUCAGAGAUCUUUGUUCCAGAUCUGUGAAGGUCACAGGAACCAUGAAGGAGCUAAGAAAUGUGCUCUGGCCCAUUGCGUGGCCCAUUUUCAUUCAUUUUCCUCAUGAAACAUUGCAGAAUUCUGAAUCCUUAGUAACUCCCAUUAACUGGACUAGAGGUGACAGCCACAGAAAAUGGGAGACCAAAAUGUUGUCCUACAGAUAGUGACAAAAUGUUAUUAGCCCUUUGGUGUUAGUUGCCAUAGCGCUGUAUUUGAAAAUCGAUGCUUUAGCCAAAAGCUGAAUGGCCACCGUUUUCGCAGUUACCACUGUUUUGUCUGCAUAGAAUUUUCCUGAACUACAAACAAAAAUGUAUUUUGUCAAAUGUCACAAAGUGAAAAUGUUACUAAUCUUAGAUGUGUUGCAUAUUUUGUGUUUUUACUUUCCAAACUCUUUCAAAAGCUGCAGUUAUAAAGCUGUUUGGCUGUAUUGACAGCAUGUGGUGUUUUUUGCAAAAGCAAUUCUAGGAGAGCCAGUGUCUACCAUGGACUUCUCACAUCCCCACUCCCGGGUCAUCAACAAAAUCAAAAUGGCAACUGUAUGCUGUCUUUUUUUAAAAGAUAAAAGGGGAUGGAAAUCAGACCUGGCUAUUAGUCACUAGUGUGUAGUACUGUGAUCUGAAAUAGGAAAUUUAACUCACAUAGAAUAAUUGUGGUUUUUGAAGCAGCUACUUUGUUUUUUUCUUUUGCUGUGAAGAUCAUGGAUUUGGAAUGUCCUCAUGAGGUGGGCCUAAGAUGGUAACGUUAAACUUCAUGUCUUAGAACCCACCCUCCAUCUGAACCCAAAGAUGUAAAAGGCAGUAAGCUUCAUGUUUAAGCCUAAGCUUAAAACGUUCCUCCCCCAUCCCUAAUAUUGAGUUCAGCAGAGGGGACGUCUUUUUUUCCAAAAAAUUAUAGCCUUUAAUUAUAAAAUGUAUAACUAAAUUUGGUAAUGUAAUUCUUUGCAUGAAUGGAAAUGUGUGUUAAAUACUUUUAGAAAAGGCAUGAUUACAAUGAAAAUGUCCUUUUGCCUCAAACUUUGCUCACCCCCAAAAAAUAUUUCACUAUUUCAAGCAUUAUUUACAUACAAAUUCCAAAAUUGGACUAAUUACACAAUUCCCUCAAAACUUGAUAGAUAUGGUAAGUAGAGAUUUCACUGUGGUUCCAUUGAAUCAUGAAAAGGAAAGGUGGUAUUUGAGAGGAGGUUGUAAAUAGAAUAUCAUGCCUUAUGACUCCAUUACUGAAGCACAGACAUUGCAAUCAGAAACAGACCUAAUGGUUCUAAUAUCCCGGCAUUAGUGAGCUCUGAUGAUGCUAAAGGAAGAUCACUCCUUACCAGGAGCCUUCGCUCUGAGCCUCAUCAGAGGGUAGAUGAUGAAAAAUUUCAAUCAGAAGCACUCCCCAAGGCUUGUCCUAGAUUAUGUUGGCCGCUCCCAUGUAAAACUUCUCUAUGAGGAGGUGGGAAAAACUAAGUCUGUGGGAAUUUUCUGGCAGGAAAACAUUUCUCCUUUUCUAAAUUGGAAUAAAGACUGACUUAAAAUUCCCCAUUCUUCAUAAUUGUAUCUAAUUAGUAUAUGCAAUCCAGUAAUCCUCGACCUAGAAAUAUUGAAAAUAUAAGCAGUGAGGAAAACUACUUUAUUCUCCUGAUUCCCAACUCAAAAAAUAUGAGUAAUUACUUACCUCCAUUUCUCUAUGGAAGGAUUUUUAAACAGAUUUCAUUUUGUUUUCUUUAUUUGGGGAAGGAACAUGGUGGGGGUGGGUUCUUUCAAGUGAUUCAUAUCUCAAAUCCAUACCACUCAACUUUUAUUUGACGUGUUCAAAGCCAAAAAAAAAUUAAAAAGCAGAACUGAACACUUAAUUUAACAUGAAGCUGAAGGAGGGAGCAAGCCAGAGGAGAGAAUGUGAAUAAAGCAUGGCCUUGGCUUCAUACCACACUUUUUGUGCCUUGUAUUAUCAAUGUAAAUUCUGAAUGUUGUACAGUAAAUAAUUGGAUGGACUUCUUAGAAAAGGCUGCACUGGCUUCUUUUUCAGCACAUGUACAUAUUAUAAAUAUAUAUACAUAUAUAUUUGGUAAUGCCAAACAGCUGCGUUAUAUUGUAUUGAACAAAAUGGACGGUUUGGAUGUUUUAUGUAGAGUUUGCAAAAAAAAUAUGGAUGGUUACACACUUUUCAAGAUAAAUGUACAGUCGUAAAUUACUGCCUAUCAGUUAUUUAUGAAUAAAAGUCUUUUAUUGACA